GGCGGCGGCGGCAGUGGCCGGGAAGAUGGCUGCGGCGGCCUCCUGCUCUUCGGCGGCGGCGGCGCCGGCUGGGCCCGGGCCGGUGUCGGCCGGGCCGGGCUCCUGCGAGUGGCUGCUGCUGCGGGACGGCUGCCUGCGCUGCGACGCCGACGGUCUCUGCAGCCUGUGCUACCACCCGGCGCUGAACGCCAUCCUGGCCGUGACCGCUCGCGGCGCCAUCAAAGUCAUCGACGGCACCUCGGGGGCCACGCUGCAAGCGUCGGCACUCAACGCUAAACCAGGUGGACGGGUGAAAUGUCAGUAUAUUUCUGCUGUGGAUAAAGUGAUCUUUGUGGAUGAUUAUGCAGUAGGAUGUAGGAAAGAUCUCAAUGGCAUCUUACUGUUAGACACAGCUCUGCAAACGCCUGUUUCAAAACAAGAUGACGUGGUUCAGCUUGAAUUGCCGGUUACAGAGGCUCAGCAGCUGUUAUCUGCUUGCAUAGAAAAAGUAGAUGUUUCUAGCACAGAGGGAUACGACUUAUUCAUCACACAACUGAAGGAUGGUUUAAAAAAUACCUCACAUGAAACAGCAGCAAAUCAUAAAGUUGCAAAGUGGGCAACGGUUACGUUCCACCUUCCCCAUCAUGUUUUGAAGUCUGUCGCCAGUGCCAUUGUAAAUGAACUCAAGAAGAUAAAUCAAAAUAUUGCUGCCUUACCUGUAGCAUCCUCUGUGAUGGAUAGGUUAUCUUACCUCUUACCCAGCGCACGACCAGAACUUGGUGUGGGACCUGGUCGAUCUGUGGACAGGUCUUUGAUGUAUAGUGAAGCUAACAGACGGGAGACAUUCACUUCGUGGCCUCAUGUGGGUUAUAGGUGGGCACAGCCAGAUCCUAUGGCUCAAGCUGGGUUCUAUCACCAGCCUGCUUCAUCAGGAGAUGACAGAGCUAUGUGCUUUACCUGUAGUGUGUGUUUGGUAUGCUGGGAGCCUACAGAUGAACCUUGGUCUGAACAUGAGAGACAUUCCCCAAACUGCCCAUUUGUCAAGGGUGAGCACACUCAGAAUGUACCUCUUUCAGUCACACUGGCAACAAGUCCAGCACAAUUUCCCUGCACAGAUGGCACUGACAGAAUAGCCUGCUUUGGAUCUGGAAGUUGCCCUCAUUUUCUAGCUGCUGCAACAAAACGAGGAAAGAUCUGCAUAUGGGAUGUUUCCAAACUUAUGAAGGUCCACUUAAAAUUUGAGAUCAAUGCAUAUGAUCCGGCUAUUGUGCAGCAACUUAUGUUAUCAGGAGAACAGAGCUCAGGGGUUGACUCAAGGAGACCAACACUAGCAUGGCUAGAGGAUUCAUCUAGCUGCUCAGAUAUACCAAAAUUAGAAGGAGACAGUGAUGACCUACUGGAGGAUUCAGACAGUGAAGAGCAUUCCAGAUCGGAAUCUGUGACAGGGCAUACAUCACAAAAAGAAACUAUGGAAGUCAGCCUUGAUAUAACAGCUCUCAGCAUUCUUCAGCAACCUGAAAAACUUCAGUGGGAAAUUGUUGCAAAUGUUCUGGAAGACACGGUUAAAGAUCUAGAAGAACUUGGGGCAAAUCCAUGUUUGGCCAACUGUAAGAGUGAAAAGAUGAAGGAAAAACAUCUAGAACAACACAACAUUCCCUUUCCUUGUUUAUUAGCUGGAGGCCUAUUAACAUACAAAUCACCUGCUACCUCUCCUGUUAGCAGUAACUCUCAGAGGUCACUGGAUGGCUUAAGUAGGACUCGAGGUGAGAGUGUCUCGGAACAGGGAUCAACUGACAAUGAAUCCUGCACUAAUUCAGAACUGAAUUCCCCUCUGGUAAGGAGGACUUUACCUGUAUUGCUGCUAUACAGCAUUAAGGAGUCUGAUGAAAAAGCAGGAAAACUCUUUUCACAGAUGAACAAUAUUAUGAGUAAAAGUAUACAUGAUGAUGGUUUCACAGUUCCACAGAUCAUUGAAAUGGAGCUGGACAGUCAGGAACAGUUGCUGUUACAGGACCCCCCUGUGACUUACAUUCAGCAGUUUGCAGAUGCUGCAGCCAACCUAACUUCUCCGGACUCGGACAAGUGGAGCUCUAUGGUUCCCAAACCUGGGACUUUGGUUCAGUGCCUGCGUCUGCCAAAGUUUGCAGAGGAGGAGAACCUGUGUGUAGAUUCAAUCACUCCUUGUGCAGAUGGAAUUCAUUUGCUAGUCGGACUGCGGACUUGUCCUGUCGAAUCUCUGAGUGCAAUAAAUCAAGUAGAGGCCUUGAAUAAUUUAAAUAAAUUAAACUCGGCACUAUGUAAUAGAAGAAAGGGGGAACUAGAAUCAAGUCUUUCUGUAGUGAAUGGCACGAGUAUUGAUGUAAUCCAACAUGAGUCACCAGCAGAUGUACCAACUCCUUUAAUAAUUCAACCUGAACAGAGAAGUGUUAGUGGUGGAUACCUAGUGCUUUAUAAGAUGAAUUAUGCCACUAGAAUAGUUACUCUAGAGGAGGAACCGGUAAAAAUCCAGCAUAUCAAAGACCCCCAAGACACAAUUACCUCAAUGAUUUUGCUCCCACCCGAUAUAUUGGAUAAUCGAGAGGAUGACUGUGAGGAGCCUGUAGAGGAAAUACAAUUAACUUCUAAAAACGGCAGUGGGAGAGAGAGAAGAUCUGAGAUCUCUACUCUUGGGCACCUGGUAAUAACUACUCAGGGAGGAUAUGUAAAAAUACUAGAUCUUUCGAACUUUGAAAUUCUGGCCAAAGUGGAGCCACCUAAAAAAGAGGGCACUGAGGAACCAGAUAUGUUUGUCUCUGUGAUAUACUGUUCAGGCACAGACAGAUUAUGUGCAUGCACCAAAGGUGGAGAACUUCAUUUCCUUCAGAUUGGAGGGACCUGUGAUGACAUAGAUGAAACUGAUAUACUUGUGGAUGGAUCUCUUUCCAAAAGUGUAGAACAGUCAUCGGAAGGCACCAAGCCCUUAUCUAACCCUUCCAGUCCAGGCAUUACAGGAGUUGAUCUUUUGGUGGACCAGCCGUUUUCCCUUGAAACACUGACAUCCCUGGUGGAACUGACCCGUUUUGAGACCUUGACACCACGGUUUUCAGCCACUGUCCCUCCCUGUUGGGUAGAAGUCCAGCAAGAGCAGCAGCAGAGACGGCAUCCUCAGCAUUUGCACCAGCAGCACCAUGGGGAUGCAGCUCAGCAUACUCGAACUUGGAAGCUACAGACAGACAGCAACAGCUGGGAUGAGCAUGUCUUUGAACUGGUUCUACCAAAAGCCUGUAUGGUUGGACACGUGGACUUCAAAUUUGUUUUGAAUUCAAACAUCACAAACAUUCCCCAGAUUCAAGUGACUUUACUGAAAAAUAAAGCUCCAGGCUUAGGGAAAGUCAAUGAAGCAGCGGUAGACAGACAGAUCACAUUUCCUUUAUCUCCAGCUCAUAAUAUUGAAGUGGAGAGAAAUGGAAAACCAGGGCUGGUUGAAUUCAAUGAAGAAAUGCAGUAUAUGGAUGUAGAGGAACCACAGUGUCUUAGAUUGUGUCCAUUUCUGGAGGAACAUAAGGAAGAUAUACUUUGCGGUCCAGUAUGGUUGGCUACUGGACUGGAUUUAUCAGGACAUGCUGGAAUGUUGACACUAACAAGUCCAAAGCUUGUUAAAGGCAUGGCUGGUGGCAAGUACCGCUCGUUUUUAAUUCAUGUUAAAGCAGUGAAUGACAGAGGAACAGAAGAAAUCUGCAAUGGUGGCAUUAGACCAGUUGUUAGAAUACCAUCUCUAAAACCUCAGACUAACAAGGGUCAUUCCCUUGCUUCAUUGUUGGCAAAAGUUGCAGCAGGCAAGGAAAAGCCAUCUAGCAAAAUUGAAGCCACUAAUUCUUCAAGAAAAUCAGAUAAUCUGAGAGGCUGUGACUUACUUCAAGAAGUCUCUGUAACGAUUCGAAGAUUUAAAAAAACUUCCAUUUCAAAAGAAAGAGUUCAACGGUGUGCCAUGUUACAGUUUUCAGAGUUCCAUGAGAAGCUGCUCACCACUCUUUGCAAGAAGACAGAUGAUGGUCUGACUACAGAACAUGCUCAGAGUCUUGUACUAGAUACGCUUUGUUGGCUGGCUGGAGUGUAUUCAAAUGGACCUGGCAGCUCAAAGGAAGGAAAUGACAGCUUGCUUUCUAAAACACGUAAAUGUGUCUCUGAUAUAAUACGUGUUUGCUUCUUUGAAGCUGGGCGGAGCAUAGCUCACAAAUGUGCACGGUUUCUUGCACUAUGCAUCAGCAAUGGCAGGUGUGACCCAAGUCAGCAGGGGUUUGGAUCAGUUCUUCUAAAAGCUUUGCUUGACAAUAUGCCUCUUUUGCCUGCUGCUGCAACAGGUGGAUCUGUGUAUUGGUAUUUUGUAUUGCUGAACUAUGUAAAGGAUGAAGAUUUGGCAGGAUGUAGUACAGCUUGUGCAUCACUGCUUACCGCUGUGUCCCGACAGUUGCAGGAUCGCCUAACACCUAUGGAAGCACUACUUCAAACAAGAUAUGGAUUAUAUAGUUCACCUUUUGAUCCAGUUCUGUUUGAUUUGGAAAUAAGUGGCUCUUCUUGUAAAAAUGUAUACAACAGCAGCAUUGGAGUACAGUCUGAUGAAAUUGAUUUGUCUGAUGUUCUAUCAGGAAAUGGGAAAAUAAGUAGCUGUGCAGCUGCUGAAGGUAGUUUUACUUCCCUUACUGGACUUCUGGAAGUUGAACCUCUGCACUUUACCUGUGUUUCAACAAGUGAUGGAACUAGAAUAGAAAGGGACGAUGCAAGUACGUUUACUGUGAGUACCUUUGGGGUUACCCCAGCAGUUGGUGGCCUCUCUUCUGGAACGGUUGGGGAAGCCUCGACAGCACUGAGUUCAGCAGCCCAGGUAGCUUUGCAGUCUCUCUCUCAUGCAAUGGCCUCAGCCGAGCAACAGCUCCAGGUGCUGCAAGAGAAACAGCAGCAGCUUUUGAAGCUUCAGCAACAGAAAGCUAAGCUGGAAGCAAAACUACAUCAGACAACAGCAGCGGCGGCAGCAGCAGCAUCAGCAGUUGGUCCUGUUCACAACUCUGUGCCUUCUAAUCCAGUAGCAGCCCCAGGGUUCUUCAUCCAUCCUUCAGAUGUCAUUCCACCCACACCAAAAACAACUCCUCUAUUCAUGACUCCACCUUUGACUCCACCUAAUGAGGCAGUUUCUGCUGUUAUUAAUGCAGAACUUGCUCAGCUUUUCCCUGGUUCAGUCAUUGAUCCCCCAACAGUUAACCUUGCAGCACAUAACAAAAAUACAAGCAAGUCUAGAACGAAUCCACUUGGAUCUGGUCUUGCUCUUGCAAUAUCUCACGCUUCACAUUUUCUUCAACCUCCACCUCAUCAGUCAAUUAUUAUAGAGCGAAUGCACUCAGGAGCACGAAGAUUUGUGACCUUAGAUUUUGGAAGACCUAUAUUGCUGACAGAUGUAUUGAUUCCCACUUGUGGAGAUUUAGCUUCUUUGUCAAUUGACAUCUGGACUUUAGGAGAAGAAGUGGAUGGAAGGCGACUGGUAGUGGCUACUGACAUUAGCACACAUUCACUUAUUUUACAUGACUUGCUGCCACCUCCAGUUUGCAGGUUUAUGAAGAUCACUGUUAUUGGUCGAUAUGGUAGCACAAAUGCCAGAGCAAAAAUCCCAUUAGGAUUUUAUUAUGGCCAUACCUAUAUCUUACCCUUUGAAAAUGAGCUGAAACUAAUGCACGAUCCCCUCAGAGGAGAAGGUGAAGCUGCAAAUCAGCCAGAAAUUGACCAACAUUUGGCAAUGAUGGUUGCGUUGCAAGAAGACAUACAGUGCAGGUACAAUUUGGCCUGUCAUCGGUUAGAAAUCCUUCUGCAGAGUAUUGACCUGCCACCACUCAAUAGUGCUAACAAUGCCCAGUACUUUUUACGAAAGCCAGACAAGGCAGUAGAAGAAGAUAGCAGAGUCUUUUCUGCUUACCAGGACUGCAUUCAGCUACAGCUUCAACUCAACUUGGCUCACCAUGCUGUUCAGAGGCUCAAAGUAGCUUUAGGUGCAAGCAGGAAAACACUGAAGGAGCAAUCUGAUCCAAAAGAGUUGAUUCAGAUGUCAUCCACAGAACAGUUACGCACCAUCAUUAGAUAUUUACUGGAUACUUUGCUUAGUUUGCUUCAUUCUUCCAAUGGGCACUCUGUUCCUGUGGUUCUGCAAAGUACUUUUCAUGCUCAAGCUUGUGAAGAAUUAUUUAAACACCUGUGUAUCAGUGGAACCCCAAAGAUACGAUUGCAUACUGGCCUUCUGCUUGUUCAGCUCUGUGGAGGAGAAAGAUGGUGGGGUCAGUUUCUCUCAAACGUACUGCAGGAAUUAUACAAUUCAGAGCAACUUCUCAUAUUCCCACAAGACAGGGUCUUCAUGUUGCUUUCUUGCAUUGGCCAAAGAUCGCUUAGCAACAGUGGUGUUUUAGAAAGUUUGCUUAAUCUCCUGGAUAACCUGCUGUCACCACUGCAACCUCAUUUACCUGUGCACAGAAGAACUGAAGGAGUUUUAGACAUUCCCAUGAUCAGCUGGGUUGUAAUGUUGGUGUCCAGACUACUGGAUUACGUAGCUACUGCUGAAGAUGAAGCAGCCACAGCCAAGAAACCUCUGAAUGGAAAAGAGAGGGAAAGAUUUUUGACAGGAAACCAGUGGAGUUUUAUAAAUAAUAGCCUUCACACUCAGAGUCUGAGCAGAUCUACUAAAGGCAAUAGUAGCCUAGAUAGACUGUAUUCCCGAAAGAUCAGAAAACAGCUCGUGCAUCAUAAACAGCAACUUAACUUAUUAAAAGCAAAACAGAAGGCUUUGGUGGAACAGAUGGAAAAAGAGAAAAUACAAAGCAACAAAGGAUCAUCAUACAAACUUUUAGUAGAACAGGCAAAACUAAAGCAGGCUACUUCAAAGCACUUCAAGGACUUAAUACGCUUACGUCGGACUGCGGAAUGGCCUCGUUCUACUUUAGAUACAGAAGUAUCAACAACAAAGGAAACUCCAGAAAUUGAACCACUUCCAUUUACACUGGCACAUGAACGUUGUAUUUCUGUAGUGCAGAAGCUGGCACUCUUUCUCUUGUCCAUGGACUUUACUUGUCAUGCAGAUUUACUUCUAUUUGUUUGUAAGGUUCUUGCCAGAAUUGCAAAUGCUACAAGACCAACAAUUCAUUUAUGUGAGAUUGUAAAUGAGACUCAGUUGGAAAGAUUAUUGCUGCUUCUUGUUGGAACUGACUUUAACAGAGGAGACAUCUCUUGGGGAGGAGCAUGGGCUCAGUAUUCUCUGACUUGUAUGCUGCAGGAUAUUCUAGCAGGAGAGUUGUUGGCACCUAUAGCAGCUGAAGCUAUGGAAGAAAGUGCUUUGGGAGAAGAUGCUGGAGCUUCAGCUGGGGAUUCUGAUGACUCUCUCCAGCAGUCCACAGUUCAGUUAGUGGAAACAAUAGAUGAGCCUUUGACACAUGACAUCACAGGUGCUCCACCUCUGUCAUCUUUAGAAAAAGAUAAGGACAUUGACCUUGAAUUACUGCAAGACCUAAUGGAAGUUGAUAUUGAUCCUUUGGAUAUUGAUUUGGAAAAAGAUCCUCUUGCAGCCAAAGUCUUCAAGCCUAUAAGCAGCACCUGGUAUGAUUACUGGGGUGCCGAUUAUGGCACCUACAACUACAAUCCUUACAUUGGAGGCGUUGGAAUUCCAGUUGCAAAACCACCGGUAACUACAGAGAAAAAUGGAUCACAAACUGUGAGCGUAUCAGUCUCUCAAGCUUUAGAUGCACGUCUAGAAGUUGGACUUGAACAGCAGGCUGAGCUGAUGCUGAAAAUGAUGUCCACCUUGGAGGCUGAUUCCAUUCUACAAGCAUUAACAAACACAUCUCCUACAUUAACCCAAUCUCCUAGUGGAACAGAUGAUUCAUUGUUAAGAGGAUUACAUGCUGCUAACCAAAAUACCCAGUUGAUUGUACAGUUGUCAUCUAUACCUAUGCUGAGUGCGUGCUUCAACAAACUCUUUUCAAUGCUACAAGUCCACCAUGUUCAGCUUGAAUCCCUUUUACAGUUAUGGCUCACAUUAAGCCUAAAUUCCAGCUCCUCUGGAAGUAAAGAUAGUGGCGCUGAUAUUUUCCUUUAUAACGCUAACCGAAUACCUGUCAUUUCCUUGAACCAAGCUUCAGUAACUAGUUUCCUGUCAGUUCUGGCAUGGUAUCCUAAUACCUUACUCCGGACGUGGUGCCUUGUGCUUCAUAGCCUAACUCUCAUGACGAAUAUGCAGCUUAAUGCUGGUCCAAGCAGUGCCAUUGGAGCUCAGGAAAGUACUGCCCAAUUGUUGGUGUCAGAUCCAAACCUCAUUCAUGUGUUAGUGAAAUUUCUUUCUGGCACUAAUCCUCAUGGAACAAAUCAACACAGUCCACAGGUUGGGCCAACAGCGACACAAGCUAUGCAAGAAUUUCUUACUCGAUUACAAGUGCACCUUUCUUCAACUUGUCCUCAGAUGUUCAGUGAAUUUUUAUUGAAGUUAAUACAUAUACUUUCAACAGAAAGGGGUGCUUUCCAGACAGGCCAGGGACCCUUGGAUGCACAAGUGAAACUCCUGGAAUUUACCCUGGAACAGAAUUUUGAAGUUGUAUCAGUUAGCACUAUUUCUGCAGUAAUUGAGUCUAUAACCUUCCUUGUGCAUCAUUACAUUACGUGUUCGGACAAAGUGAUGUCUCGCAGCGGCUCAGACAGCUCUGUGGGUGCUCGAGCGUGUUUUGGAGGGCUUUUUGCCAAUAUUAUCCGUCCAGGUGAUGCCAAAGCAGUUUGUGGAGAAAUGACAAGGGAUCAACUUAUGUUUGAUCUGUUAAAGCUGGUCAACAUUUUAGUUCAACUGCCGCUUUCCAGUAACCGAGAAUAUAGUGCCCGUGUUCCAGUAGCAAGCAGUACUACAGACAGCGUGUCUGAUGAAGAAAAGGUUUCAGGAGGCAAAGAUGGCAAUGGAAACAACCCUAAUACUCAAGGAUCAACUGCAUAUGUGGCAGACUUGGUGUUAGCCAACCAACAAAUUAUGAGCCAGAUUUUGUCUGCGCUUGGCCAGUGUAACAGCAGUGCUAUGGCAAUGAUUAUUGGUGCAAGUGGCUUACAUCUCACUAAGCACGAAAACUUUCACGGUGGCUUGGAUGCAAUAUCAGUUGGAGAUGGGUUGUUCACUAUCCUGACAACACUUAGUAAAAAAGCAACAACAGUGCAAGUCAUGCUUCAGCCAAUUCUUACCUACAUGGCCUGUGGGUACAUGGGAAGACAGGGUUCUCUCGCCACUUGUCAGUUAUCUGAGCCACUGCUCUGGUUCAUUUUACGAGUGUUGGAUACAAGUGAGGCACUGAAGGCUUUCCAUGAUAUGGGUGGUGUUCAGCUUAUUUGUAACAACAUGGUAACGAGCACAAGAGCUAUUGUUAACACAGCGAGAAGUAUGGUUUCGACUAUUAUGAAAUUUCUUGAUUCUGGUCCCACCAAAGCAACAGACAGCAGUUUGAAAGCUAGGGUGCUAGCUUCUGAGCCUGAUAAUGCAGAAGGAAUUCACAAUUUUGCGCCUUUGGGUUCCAUCACCUCAAGCAGUCCCACUGCCCAGCCAGCUGAAGUGCUGUUACAGGCUACUCCUCCCCACAGAAGAGCUCGCUCUGCUGCAUGGUCAUACAUAUUUUUACCCGAGGAAGCUUGGUGUGACCUCACAAUCCACCUUCCUGCAGCUGUGCUGCUCAAGGAGAUCCACAUCCAGCCUCACCUGGCCUCUCUGGCGACUUGCCCUUCAUCAGUAUCUGUUGAAAUAAGCGCAGAUGGUGUCAAUAUGUUACCUUUGUCAACUCCCGUUAUCACAAGCGGUCUCACAUAUAUAAAAAUCCAGCUGGUAAAAGCUGAAGUCGCCUCAGCUGUCUGCCUCCGUCUGCAUCGUCCUCGGGAUGCCAGUACACUAGGCCUCUCUCAGAUCAAACUGUUAGGCCUCACCGCCUUCGGAAACACCUCAUCUGCCACCGUCAAUAAUCCAUUCCUUCCCUCUGAGGAUCAGGUCUCUAAAACAAGUAUUGGAUGGUUAAGAUUAUUACACCACUGCCUCACUCACAUAAGUGAUUUAGAAGGAAUGAUGGCUAGUGCUGCAGCACCCACUGCUAAUCUGUUGCAGACAUGUGCUGCGUUACUCAUGUCACCUUACUGUGGUAUGCAUUCUCCAAACAUUGAGGCUGUGCUUGUAAAAAUUGGGCUUCAGUCCACCAGAAUAGGCCUAAAAUUGAUUGACAUUCUUCUGAGAAACUGCUCGGCAUCAGGGAGCGAUCCUGCAGAUCUGAAUAGCCCUUUACUGUUUGGAAGAUUAAACGGUCUCUCUUCUGACUCCACAAUAGACAUUCUUUAUCAGCUUGGAACAACUCAAGACCCUGGAACAAAAGAUAGAAUUCAAGCAUUGCUGAAAUGGGUCAGUGAUUCCGCAAGAGUUGCAGCUAUGAAAAAAAGUGGCCGGGUCAGCUACAUUUGUCCAAAUAGCUCAACGAGAGAGUAUGGUCUUUUGAUGCCAUCUCCUUCCCAUUUGCAUUGUGUAGCAGCGAUUUUGUGGCAUAGUUAUGAAUUGCUUGUUGAAUAUGAUUUACCAGCGUUGCUGGACAGAGAGCUCUUUGAGUCACUGUUUAACUGGUCCAUGUCUCUUCCCUGCAACAUGGUUUUGAAGAAAGCUGUUGAUAGUUUGCUUUGCUCAAUGUGCCACAUCCACCCAAAUUAUUUUUCCUUGCUCAUGGGAUGGAUGGGUAUCACUCCUCCUCCAAUGCAGUGUCAACACAGACUGUCCAUGACUGAUGACAGUAAAAAGCAGGACCUUAGUUCAUCUUUAACAGAUGACUCUAAAAACGCACAAGCUCCUCUUGCACUAACAGAGUCUCACCUGGCUACUCUUGCUGCCUCAUCUCAGUCUCCUGAAGCUAUCAAGCAAUUACUGGACUCAGGUUUGCCUUCACUGCUUGUAAGAAGUCUUGCUAGUUUUUGCUUUAACCAUACUUCUAGCUCUGACUGCACUGCACAAUCAACGGAUAUCACCCAGGACAGGCUCAGGAGGCAUCAUGUUCCACAGCACUUUAAUAAAAUGCCUAUCACGGCAGACCUGGUUGCUCCUGUUCUCAGGUUUUUGACAGAAGUUGGCAACAGCCACAUGAUGAAGGAUUGGUUGGGUGGCUCUGAAGUCAAUCCAUUGUGGACAGCACUUUUAUUUCUGUUGUGCCAUUCUGGUGCUACUUCUGGAGGACACAAUGUGACGGCACAACAGACCAGUGCAAGAUCUAGCUUGCUUUCUUCAACUGUAACAACAGGGUUGACCACUCAGCAGCGGACAGCAAUUGAAAAUGCAACGGUUGCUUUCUUCUUACAAUGCAUUUCUUGCCAUCCUAAUAACCAGAGACUUAUGGCACAGGUUCUCUGUGAAUUGUUCCAGGCCUCUCCUCAGCGUGGGAACCUCCCAACCUCUGGAAAUAUUUCAGGAUUUAUUAGGAGGCUUUUUUUGCAGCUAAUGCUAGAAGAUGAAAAAGUGACUUUGUUUCUUCAAUCUCCGUGCCCACUGUACAAAGGUAGAAUUAAUGCUACUAGUCAUGUAAUUCAACAUCCAAUGUACGGAGCCGGACACAAAUUUCGUACUCUUCACUUGCCGGUCUCAACAACUCUAGCAGAGGUUCUUGAUCGUGUGUCAGAUACACCCAGUAUCACAGCUAAGCUAAUUAACGAACAGAAGGAAGAUAAAGAAAAAAAGAACUAUGAAGAGAAAGAAAAAGUCAAAGCAGAAAAUGGAUUUCAGGACAAUUAUAGUGUUGUUGUUGCUUCUGGUUUGAAAUCUCAGUCAAAAAGAGCUGUUUCAUCCACCCCUCCACGUCCACCAUCAAGGCGAGGAAGAGUGAUGGCGGAUAAAGUAGGUACCUCUUCCUCAGGAGGAGAAUCUUCCAGCAAGACCAUUAGUGUUCCAGUCUUUCAUCUAUACCAUAAACUUCUACCAGGCCAGCCAUUACCAGCUGAAAUGACACUUGCCCAGCUUCUGACUCUGCUGUAUGACCGUAAGCUCCCUCAAGGAUACCGAUCAAUAGACUUGACAGUUAAGCUUGGUUCCAAAGUCAUCUCAGAUCCAAGCUUAUCAAAAACAGACUCCUUUAAACGUCUUCACACAGAAAAAGAACAUACAGAUUUACUGGGACCUUGCCCUGAAGAUGAAGCAAUCAGUCCUGGGGAUGAGUGCAUGGAUGCAGUUCUAGAUGAAUCGCUUCUUGAAACCUGUCCCAUUCAGUCUCCGCUGCAAGUUUUUGCAGGAAUGGGUGGAUUAGCCCUAAUUGCAGAGAGACUCCCUAUGCUUUAUCCUGAUGUAAUUCAGCAAGUGAGCACUCCGGUGGUUACAUCAACCACGCAGGAAAAGCAGAAGGACAGUGAUCAAUUUGAAUGGGUUACCAUUGAACAAUCAGGGGAAUUGGUGUAUGAAGCACCAGAAACAAUUGCUGCAGAACCUCCACCGAUCAAGUCAACAGUUCAGACUAUGUCUCCCAUACCUGCGCAUUCUUUGGCUGCCUUUGGUUUAUUUCUUCGUCUCCCGGGCUAUGCUGAGGUGCUGCUAAAAGAACGGAAACAUGCUCAGUGUCUGUUGAGAUUGGUGUUGGGAGUUACAGAUGAUGGUGAAGGAAGUCAUAUCCUGCAGUCUCCUUCAGCAAACGUACUUCCAACUCUGCCCUUCCAUGUGUUGCGUAGUUUGUUCAGCACUACACCUUUGACAACUGAUGAUGGAGUACUGCUUAGGCGGAUGGCACUGGAGAUUGGGGCUAUCCAUCUUAUCCUUGCUUGUCUGUCUGCUCUAAGCCACCAUGCACCAAGAGUGCCGAACUCUAGUCCCAACCAGGCAGAGCCACAGGUGUCAAGUACACACAACAGCGCAUCAACAGAAGAACAGCAGUUGUACUGGGCUAAGGGUACAGGCUUUGGAACAGGCUCCACAGCUUCAGGAUGGGAUGUUGAACAAGCUUUGACUAAGCAAAGGUUAGAAGAAGAGCACGUGACCUGCCUUCUACAGGUUCUUGCCAGUUACAUAAAUCCUGCAGGGAGUACAUCAAAUGGAGAGACCCAAACUAGCCAUGAGGGGAGAGGACAAAACAGCAGUGCUCUUCCAUCUGUUCUCCUAGAGCUACUCAGUCAAUCUUGCCUCAUCCCAGCAAUGUCGUCAUACCUCCGCAAUGAUUCAGCUUUUGCAGCCGGAGAGAGGAGUGAGAAGAUUUAAGAAACUCUGCAGACACCAAGGUCAGUGCAGAAGGAGGGGCGGGAGGUGCUCCAGGUGCCAGAGCAGAGUUCCCCCUGCAGCCCGUGGUGAAGGCCAUGGUGAAGCAGGCUGUCCCCCUGCAGCCCAUGGAGGAAGGAUGAGGGGGUGUAGAGAUUCCACCUGCAGCCCAUGGAGGACCCCACGCUGGAGCAGGUGGAGGCACCUGAAUGAGGCUGUGGCCCAUGGGAAGCCCACGCUGGAGCAAGUUCCUGGCAGGACCGGUGGCCCUGUGGAGAGAGGAGCCCAGGCUGGAGCAGGUUUGCUGGCAGGACUUGUGACCCCAUGGGGGACCCCACGCUGGAGCAGUUUGCUCCUGAAGGUCUGCACCCCGUGGAAGAGACCCACGCUGGAGCAGUUCGUGAAGGACUGUAGCCCGUGGGAGAGACUCACGUUGGAGAAGUUCGUGAAGGACUGUCUCCCGUGAGAGGGACCCCACGCUGGAGCAGGGGAACAAUGAGAGGAGUCCUCCCCUGAGGAUGAAGAAGCGGCAGAAACAACGUGGGAUGAACUGACCAUAACCCCCAUUCCCCGUCCCCCUGUGCCGCUGAGGGGGGUGGAGGUUGAAGCCAGGAGUGAAGUUGAGCCCGGGAAGAUGGGAGGGGUGGGGGGAGGUGUUUUAAGAGUUGAUUUUAUUUCUCAUUCCUCUACUCUGUUUUGCUUAGUAAUAAUAAAUUAGAUGAAUCUCCUCUCUCCAUUCAGUCUGUUUUGCUCAUGAUGGUAAUUAGUGAGUGAUCUCUCCCUGUCCUUAUCUCAACCCACAAGCUUUUUUGUUAUACCUUUUCUCCCAGUCUAGUGAACGAGGGGAGUGAUAGAGCAGCUCUAGUGGGCACCUGGCCCCCAGCCAGGGUCAACCCACCACAUCAGGAGGAGCAGGAAAGGGAACAGCAUUAUUAGUAACACUCAUGUACACAGUCUUCUAGUUUUCAGACCAGUGUACCUUCUGCUAUCAAAACAUACUUUCAUUGGAAGAAGCAGGUAACUGUAUUCUUCCUGUAAUACGCUGGACUGAGAAAUUCUGCAUACAGAAUACUAAUACAGUGUUCCCGGGUUCUGGCACCCCAGCAGGUACAAGCUGUACCCAGCACGAUGCUGACAGAAAAUAGCCAUUUUCAGCAACUCUAACUUUCUCAGACUUGAAUGGAUGCUAAUGGUACUAGUUAAAGGUUACCCUUAUGCUCACGGUAUUCCUCUACUAGAUUUUUGGUUUUGCUGUAAACAGUUGCAACAGCAGUGAUCUUCACAUAUUACAUAUCUGCCUUAUGCAUAAAAUUAUGUGGGAAGAAUUUUCUAUAAAGAAAUAUAAUAUGCAAUGAAGCUGCUGGGUAUGUUGUUUCCCUUUAUUGCACAGGAGAUUGAUCCCACUAGGGUGAUACAAGAUAGUAAGUAUUUUGGUGUUGAUGAGAAUUUUGUAUGUGGUUUAAACAUGUUCAGUUAGCUGCACGUAUGAUACAUCCUGCUUGUAAAGUUGUUUUGGCAAAAUUCUUGAACAGUUCCAGUGUCAGAAUAUAAAUUUGGCGUUUGUCACAGUUAUAAAUUUAUCUCGGUUUUUUGUUGCUUAAAUACGUUUUGCCAUCCCUGCUAAAUUUGCCCAAAACAUACGUGGACUAGAUUGUUCUAGAUAAAAGCAAUACCAAUCAGAUAAGGAGUGCUCACAUAUCAUUUAAUCUUUUAGAAACCUCACCUUGAAGCAGAUCUUUACAAACCAGAUUGCUCUGACACAUUCUGCAGCUUCAUCUGCAUCAGAGCAAGGUGAUUGUGAAGUCCUUGAAAAUUGUGAACUGACCACUUUCAUUAAUUUCCAUAAUUGCUUUUUUCUUGUAGAGAAAGAAGGUUUAUCUGUCUAUGAAGGACUUUCCUUCUUAUGCAAGGUAGAUCAUAGCUCUAGGCACAAGGAGCAAUAGCUGCUGUAAUCCUCACCCUCUUUCUUGAUUAUUUUUUCCUGUGUUUGUUUAGUAUCUUGGUAUGGCAUUACUGUGGCUUUUAUCCUCUUUCAUUUUAUAAAUGAAAAAAGUUUAUCUUUGUAACAUGGUGAGUUUGGGGGUUUUUUUAAACAUUUAUGUUUAUUCCUAAGUACUUAAUUCAUGUUUACAUUGGUAAAAUUCAUGUCAUUCUUAACUUCUGUAUCAUGGAACAUCUAGUGUGUAUUAAAUGCUGAGCAUUUAUGCAUAUUUCACACCAAAAUCUCUUCUGUAAAACCUUUUCACUGUUGUCUUGUAUACAACAAAUUUCAUUUGAAAAUUACCGCUGUAGGAACUCUUUCAAAUCUGUGAACAUUUCUCUCCUUGAACAAAAUGCACAGCAAUAAAACUUGUGCUGUGCAACAAGAGGUGCCCAACAAACAUGUGACCGUCAGGUUCUAACUAGAGCACGUGGCUGUCUUGAAGGUGAUAAGAGUUACUUGUCUGAUGGACCUAGGUUUAUGAAGACUAAUACAAGCUAGUAUUUACAGGUGGGAGAGAAGAAAGCAGUAGUAAUAGUAGUCUUUGUAGUUAACAAGGUUUAUAGAGAGAAGGCAGUGGAACGGAAUCAUGAAAUAGAAGGAAAAUCAAGUGACUCUUAGGACAGGGACUGUUUAUUUUGUUACAGGCUUGGACAGUAAAAAGCCCAGUGAAGGUGGGAUUUAUCAGUGAUACCACAAUAUUAGGUAGACUCUUCUUGCUUAAAAAUAUAUUUGUACGAGCUUGUCCCUAAACUAGUAUCUAGCAAACCCUGUGAUGACUUAAUCUUAUUUAAAGCUGAAGAGUGACAGAGGUUUGGUACCACCUCUUCCUUGGAAGACAGACCUCAUAGCAAUUUGCACAAUUCUGCCUGAACUCUCUUUGCUCUAAUUCCCAGGCUUAUAGGAUGCAGGGGAUGUUGUAAUUUUAGCUGGGGUUUUCUCGCAGUCCUUUCUUCACAUGCUCCCCUCUUAGCCACCCGUAGCCACCCUUCCUUCUUUGGUGGACAAAGAUGCCAUGUGAUGUGGUCAGCAUAGCUUGUGGUGGUACAUUAGCUCAGUCUUCCUUGGGUUUGACUGCUGAGAAGAGAUGAUGCAUUUCUACGUGAGGGCUUUAUUAAAAGGAUUGUGUUUACUGACCAGCAUGUGCCACUUUGUAAGAGUCCAAUAUUAGCUUUUAAUGCACCUUUCAUAGUUUACCAAGUACUGCCGCACCCUGAACUUGUGGAUUCAUUAACGUUUGUGCUGCUUCAUCCUGCCACCAAAUACCUCAUUGUCAACUUUUUUUAGUAAGUGCUAUGGACAAAUCUGUUAGAAGAUGAAUGUACUGAAUUCUUUUUUUCUGCCUCUUUUGAUAUACCUUUGUUAGUUGAGUCUGUUAAAGUCAUACUUUUGAGCGCUCACAUCCUCACCUCAGAGCUUGAACUACACUAGAUUGCCUGCUGAAGUUAGAGUAUUUCUUUUCUAUUAAUCAUACUUAUUCUCAAGGCAUUAGAUGGUGGUGCUUUAGUUUUUGCGAAGUAUUCCAGUUCCACUGGACUGAGUAGGCUGAGUACUUAUGGGUCUCUGAAGUUGGUACAUUGACCUUAUUCAGCUAAGAGUACUACAUCUUUAUUAACUCAUUUGUGAAAAUGUGAGGGUACUACUGCAGUGUAAAUGUUGAAUCAUCAUAAAAUUCUGCUUUUCCGUAGACUAUUGUCUUUUUACAGUGUCUAAUAAGAGGUAGUUGCUGUUAAGAUAUUUUUUGUUGUUGAGAUUCUUAUGCACAUAUUGGAUUAAAGGUGUAAGAACCAGAGCUGUAUACUGGAUCUCCUUUAGCUAGAGUUAGUCUUAGGUUCGUAUGAGUAUAGAGCACAAGUAUUACCUGUUAAGAGAGGAUAUCAGACUUCUGUUUUAAAACAAAAUAUAACCGGUAUGCCGAGGCAGUCUCUAAUGAUAGUAUUACCUUGUGACUUCCUUGAAAGGUUGAAAGCCUUUUGCUAUAAGCAAAAUUAGAAGUACAAUGCCAGUUUAGACAGUAUAAUUACCAAAAUUAAAAAUUCCACUAGUAUUCAUUAACAUUAAUGAACUCAUUCACUGGUAAAAGAAUGAUGCUGAACCUUUGCCACAUUUGGUUAUAAUUUUGGGAUUGCUUUUUAUCUGUUUUGCUGUUGAAUUGUUUACAAGAAAAGGUGCAUUAUCUCACUCCAGUGCUGGAGUACUAGUUGAUUCACAAUUUCGAGAACAGAGCUAUGCACUGAAAUGACAUGAAAUAAAACUGUUUAUUUAUUUCACAGAAUUGACAAGUUUUAAAUAACUUCAGGAUCAAAAUAAACAGCAGUAAUUUCUACCUGAAUUUCAUAUUUCUGUUCAAUUUUCAGGUUCUUGUAACCUCUCAUUUUAAGACCCAUCUCAAAUAUCCUUGUAUUAUGAGAUUAAUGCAAUAAUAUCCAUAAAUAUAUCCAUAUCCGUAGAUAUAAGUACAUUGAAAAAUUUAAUAAUGCAUCAACUCUAUUCUAUAGUCCUAAAUAAACAUGAAUUACCUGCAUAAUUUCUUUAAAAUGUAGCUUAGUUUUGCAGAAUGCUUUGGUGCUUCAUAUACUGAAAAUGAGUAUACAAUACUAGAGAUUUGCUGUAGACUAUGGACAGUGAAUAAAUUUUCUUGUCUGCACAUGUUUCCUUCCAGUGCAGUUCUGUUUAUCAUUUCUUCUGGAUGAGCCAGUAUUAACUCAGAGUGGCAAAACCAGAGUAUACCAUCUUCCACCUCAUUCAUCCAUAAAUCAGUGUGUUGCAGCGUAGUUUCUGCAACUGACUGAAAAAUCAUUGCCAAAUUCAGUCUGUUCUAGAUCCCUGACCUUACUUUAUGCAUGUGCUUGUUUCAAAGUGACUUCCAAAAGCUUAGUUGGUUUAGCAGUUACGAAGUUCUAUACAGUAAUAACCUAUCACCUGUACAAGAGAUGUAUUUCUUUUG